AUGAAGUUACCUCAUGAAAGGUCGACCUAUGACUACAGGCUUUGCUGUUUGUUCGACGAGACGGAUCUGUGCAACAUUGCUUCCUCGAACUUCCUGGACAACUGCUCCCGUCUCAUGCCAAACACAAUCUUAAGGAUAGCCAUGUGGGUCAUAGGGUGGGGCGCCCUCAUCGGCAAUACCAUAGUUCUUGUCUUGCGGUGUCGUCCCGAUCAUUCAGUCAGCGCAAAGACUCAGGGACUGUUCAUCUUCAACCUGGCCAUAGCAGAUUUUCUGAUGGGAGUCUACAUGAUCAUAAUAGCGUCAGCAGAUGUGUACCACGGAGAGUAUUACUACCUCUUCGCAAAGCAAUGGCGCGGAUCGGUCACUUGCAAAGUCGCAGGAUUCAUCGCUGUUCUCUCCAGCGAAACGUCCGUCUUCAUACUUGCAAUCAUUACGAUAGAUCGAGUCCUUAACGUCGUGUCCCCCUUCGGUAAACUGAAGUUUCGGGCUACUUCUGCUCGCGUUGGGGUAGCGCUGAUAUGGAUCAUUGCUGUUGUAGUGAGCGUUGUUCCUUUGAUUGUUAGCUCCUACAUCAGCGGUUUUUAUGGCAUGUCAGAUGUUUGCGUUGGACUCCCACUCAAUAUCGAGUCAAGAGAGACUGGAGAAAUAGUAUUUAACGACGAGUUAGGGUUAUUUGAGAAACUCCAAUAUGAAACAACAAAGCGACCAAGUUGGGUGUACUCAAUCGCCCUCUUUCUAGGUGUGAAUUUCUUGAUCUUCAUCCUCAUUCUGCUCUCCUAUGUCGUCAUAUUCGUUCAAGUUCGCAAGUCGGCACGCAGUGUGGCCAAUCCAGUAAGUGCUUCGGGUAGUAUUGACCGCGCCCGGGAAGUGAAGAUGACAACACGCAUGGCUAUCAUUGUCCUGACGGAUUUCUUUUGCUGGAUGCCGGUGAUCAUCAUGGGUAUCCUUUCGCAAACAGGUGCUGUCACCCUCCCGGUAUCCCUCUACGCCUGGAGCGUUGUCUUUAUCUUGCCUAUCAACGCAUCCAUCAAUCCAUAUCUCUAUACCUUCAUCGCAAUAUGUGAUGGUUCAAAGAAGAGAUCUACCUAAAAA